AUGCCUAGCAACAUUGCUACGGGUGACUUUGGCCCAGUACCACCCGGGGUAGAUCUGGCAGAGAACCAGACAGGCAAUUUGCUGGGAGCAGUUAUCACUGUAGCAGUACUUGCGACCACUGCAGUUAUAUUGCGAUUAUGUGCACCAAUGAAGAAAAAAGAGGCCAGAAAAUUAGCUAUCGAUGACUACCUAAUAAUUGCCGCUCUUUUAUUCUCUUGGGGAACUGCAAUAUCCUGCUUCAUAACGAUGGACACAGCACUUACACCAGGCUCCCUAGGCAUUCCGCAUGGCAAUGGUUAUCAUUUGCAAUCCUUGACCAAGGAAGAGUUUAUUAUUGUUUGGAAGAUACUUUUUGCCUAUGUCAUGAUUUAUGCUACAGCCGUCACCUGCACCAAAGCUUCGAUCGUCUUCUUUUACCGCCGCAUCUUCAACUUUCGCUGGCCACUAGGCAUCUGCAUGUUUUUGAUUCUUGGGUAUUGGGUCACUAUUAUCGUCACGGUUGCAGUGGCCUGCCGACCACUGCCAUAUUUCUGGCUAGUCUAUACAGAUCCAACAGCCAUUGGUGUAUGCAUUGAUGUGCCCAAAUUCUUUUUUGGCAAUGGAAUUGCUGCUAUGUUGAUUGAUGUGAUCAUACUGUGUAUGCCGAUGCCAACAAUUUACAAGUUGCAGAUGCAAGCCUCGCAGAAGAUAGCAGUCGUGGGUAUCUUGCUCUUGGGAAGUUUUGUUUGCGUGGCAAGUAUUUGCAGAAUCAUCGCGCUGGAGAAAAACACCCAGGGAACAGAUGCUACCUGGACUAUGGCACCUGUCUUUAUCUGGUCGUCCGUGGAACCUUUUGUUGGGAUUAUAUGCGCAUGCCUCCCUACAUUUGGGCCUUUCUUUCGUCGGUGGUGGUCUAAAGUUCGGACAGGGCGCUCAGCAAACAGUCGCAGCAAUCCAAGCGCUGAAAAUCCACCUUCUACAACGACCUGGCUCCGGAAGCCCAGAGCAAAAAAGCCACCCAAGGACUCAUUAUUCAGUAUUAAUGACUUUGGCUGUGUAGAUGAGGUUCAAUUAAUGAACGAUAUAAAUGCAACUCGGUCGUCGAGGGACGAGGCUGUGAGUGACCACAAUGACAUGGAGCGAGGAGAUUGUGCUAUCACAGUCCAACAAGAUGUGGAUGUGACAUGGGCCAAGUAUAAAACAGGAAAAAGAAUCUGA